CGCAUGUAAUAAUUCACCAAUCAGUAGUGAAGAAUUCUCUCUCUCACACACACACACACACACACACACACACACACACACACACACACACACACACACACACUUGUCAAAAGUUUAUGGUCACAGCUGUUUAUCAGUCCAGAAGUUGCACCAUCAUGUUGCGCUGUUUCGUUCUCCUGCUGUUUUUGGGGUUCUCGUCCCCUUUUCCUACCAUAACGCUUCUGAAGGGCUCGCAGUUCAAGUUGCAAUGCCUUACUGAAUCUGACCUGCUGGCUCCGGAGUACUCGUGGAGCUUCAUACAUCAGCCGAACGGAAGCAAGGACGUGAAUAUCCCUUUUACUCCGCUCAAGGACACGGACGAAGCGCUGGAGCUGAACCCGGUGGACCUCCACCAUGCUGGAAUAUAUAAGUGUGUGGUUAGGGGAUUUUCUGAAACGGCAAUCGUGAAGACGAAGAGGACUUUCAGCAUCUCGGUUUUUGAGAGCCUACCGCUUAUAACAUGGCAGUUCCUUGAAGGGACUGAAGGAGAACCAGUGACGCUUCCGUGCCUCGUCCCCCCUGAAAGAGUCAACAGCUACAAAUUUAUCAAUGUCAAGUGGUUCAAGGUAAAGGAACUGGAACCUGGUUUUAAUGAACAGGAACUCAAACCUGUUGUAAGAAGCCAGAGCUCCAUUAAAGAGAAGGAGACACCAGGCACCAGGCGAUUUUACUGGGCGUCGGAUCUUACGAGACUGGACGGGUCCAUCAACAUCGACAGUCUGGAACCUGGCGAUGAAUCUCUGUACCGGUGUGACAUCAGUACGGGGUCAUACAAGGAAAAGCAGUUAAUAGAGCUCGUGGUACAACGUGCCCCGCCCCCUCGCUGUUUAAACCACUCACACCCUUGGGAGGCGUGUCCUGAUCCAGACAGCAAGUCGUGGGAAGCGAUCCUGCGCGAGUCUCUGACUGAGUUCUCUCUUAAUCUCUAUAAAAAUGUGAAUCUGAUGGAACCUGAAAGUAACCUGCUCUUCUCACCAAUCAGCAUCGCCGUGCUGCUCUCUCAACUGCUGCUGGGAACUCGCGGAGAGACGAGAACCGAAUUGGAGGAAGGUCUUUCCCUGCCCCCUGGUUUCACCUGCAUUCACUCUGAAAUGAAGAGGCUGAGCAGCAAGACGAAGGAGUCGCUCCUCAUCGCCAAUCAGAUGUUCUUCAACCCAGAGCUCAAACUCCACGAAGCAUUCAUCAGCCAAUCAAAGGAGUUCUACGACUCUGUGCCAAAAAAGCUGACCAAUGACAGCGCGGCGAACGUGAAGCUGGUCAACAGCUGGGUGGCGAACUUCACCCAAAACAGAAUCCCGGAGCUGGUGGAUUCCGUCGACGAAUCCAUCGAGUUUAUUUUACUCAACGCUGUUUACUUCAUCGGUAAAUGGAAAGGAACGUUUGAAGUUAAAGAUGGAGAGUUUACGACGUUUUCAGGGGAGGUGCUGUCUGUCCCGAUUCUCUACAGCUUGAACUUCAAUCUGGUAACAGGUUACAUACAUGAACUCAAAGCCCAGGUGGGGAAAUUCCCUCUGACAGGGAAGAACAGUCUGUACGUCAUUCUGCCCUUCUCGGAGACUAAAAAAGGGCUGCAGGCCACGGAGGCAUUGCUGACCGAGGAUAACAUCAGACACAUGGUGAAGGAGAUGGCCUCCACCGUUCCAACGUUGUGUGAAGUGUCUCUGCCGAAAGUGAAGCUCCUGGUGACCACAGAUCUCCUCCUGCUCCUGAAGAAACUCAAGCUGUCGGGAUUGUUUAAUGACCCUAACCUGUGUGGAAUUUUUGAUCUGCAAAACGUCACGCCUGUGAGUGAUGCUCGUCAUCGUGCUUUCCUGUCCCUCACGGAGAAAGGAGUGGAAGCCGCGGCCACCAGCAGCAUCUCGUUUUCACGCUCCUUCAGCAAUUUCAACGCCUUGCGGCCGUUCGUCCUGAUGGUGUGGAACGAGGAGAUCAACAACCCUCUGUUCAUAGGGAGAGUUCUUCAUCCAGAGAAGAAAGAAUAAAGCAGAGGUCCGUGCCUUGAGAAUUAUUACACGGAAAAAGUACGACGUGUAGGUUCUGAGCAAACGUAAAUAAUUACCACGUGACCUACAGCAUCGUAACGUCACAUCAUAUACUACAGCAAUACAAUAAAUCCUAUCAACUAA